AUGAAGAAAAGUUUAUUUAUUUUAUUUUAUUUAUUUUUUAAUUUUGGAAUUUGUGGUAAACCUCCUAAAACGAAAGGAAUAACUUCAACAAAAGAAGCUAGUCCAUCGAGUAAUUUACUAGAGAAAUUUGUUGGGUUGUCAGAAGAUGAUUUGGAAGGUAAAUACAUUGAAGCAUUUUUUGGAAAAGAAAAACCUUGGAAAGAAAUUAUUAGACAAAUUUCUUCAUUUCUUUUAUUUAAAAAAAUUAAUGAUAAAAAAUUAAUUAUUUUAAAUAAUUUAACAAAAGAAAUAAAAAGAAAAGGAAAAUCUUUAUUUGAAAUUUUUGAGGAGGAAGAGGAGAAAAAAGCAAGUGAUAAAGAAAUAAAAAAUAUUUUGGGAAAUUAUGAAAAAUUUAAAGAAAAAAAUAAAAAUGAAACAAAAAUUGAAUUUAAUUUUUUAUUAAAAUUGUUGGAAUUUAAUGAAUUAUUUGAACUUUUUGAAUCAGAAAUGAGUGGAGGAGAAUUUAAAUUAAAAAUAAUUAAAGAGAAAUUUGUGAAAAUUGAAAAUAAAUUAAAAGAUUUGGGAGAGGAAGAGGAUUUAAGCAAAGUUGAUGAUAUUUUUAAAUCAAGUUUAGCGGAGUUACAUUUGGAAAGGUAAAUAAAAGGAGUGAGCCGCGUCCCACAAAAUAAAAGAC